GUUUGGAGGAUGAUGGCAAUGGAAACAGCAGACCACAGGCACUACAGGGGAGAGACCUUAACGGUAUGUCACCUUCUUCUACUGAUAAACCAACCCCACAGACACAACCCAUCACUUCACACUCUGAUGAAGGAGCACAAGUGACAGUGGAGAUCCAUCGUGAGAACACUCCCCCCCAGCCCAUUAAAAUCCACUCCUCAGAGAAAGGUUCCCAGAGGAUGAAAGGACACGACAACAAAGGUUUCCAGGGGACCGAGGGCCCACGGCCACCAGGAGCCAAAGACCUGCAUGCAUAUCCAUGGGACAAAUCCUCUUUGAAAUCCAUGCCAGUAGAUCUGCAGCAACUGAAGAAGCUGGAUGACUAUGCAUUAAAAGUGGAUGUCAAGACUAGCGUGGAGGAGCUCGUCAAAGCCCUGCUCAAACACGCCCGGACAGACCUGGAAAAGGUCCGAGCCAUAUGGAUGUGGAUAUGCCAUCACAUAGAAUACGACGUGGUGGGCUACCACAACAAAAGCCAGCGGUCGAGCGAGCCCAGAGAUGUGCUUCGGAGGGGCAAGAGCGUCUGUGAGGGCUACGCUGUGCUCUUCGAGCAAAUGUGCAGCAUUGCAGGGAUCCAGUGCAAGAAGCUGUCGGGACACGCCAAGGGCUAUGGGUACAAGAUAGGGAAAACCUUCACAGGGGACUCUGACCAUGCCUGGAACGCUGUUUACCUCGAAGGAAGGUGGCAUUUACUGGACAGCACCUGGGGCAGUGGCUCUGUUGAUGAUUCCUUCACCAAGUUCACCUACAGGUACAAUGAGUUCUAUUUCCUGACUCACCCGGCUCUGUUCAUUAACAAUCACUUCCCAGAUAACAGUAACUGGCAGCUUCUUAAACCCACCCUGACACUGAAGGAAUUUGAGAACAACAUACUGCACAACAGCAACUUCUACAAUUUGGGCCUGCUGGCUGCCCAGCCAGAGACACCCAUCAUCCAAACAGUAAAUGGGAAAGCCUCUGUAUCCGUGGAUUGCCGUGGUGGCAUGUUGUUUAUGUUUAAGCUGAAGGGAAGAGCUGAACAUGGAUUAAUGACCUUGAAAAAGAAAGGAAUGAAGCUGGAUAUCUACCCCCAGAAGACAGGGAGUCACCAGCUGGAGAUCUUUGCCAAGCCCUCCAAAUCUGAGGAUUUGGAUGAUGUAUACGAAUGUGUGUUGAAGUACAUCGUGGAAUGUGAGUCUGUGGACGAGUCCAUGUGCUUCCCCAAGGACCUGCACCAGCCCGUGGGGCCGAGCUGGUUCUCGGAGCGCCAAGGCUUCCUGAGGCCAUCACACUGCGAGCCCAUCAUCCACACCAACGACGGGCGCUGCUCCCUCACCUUCACCCUGGGCAGGGACAUCAGCGUCCUGGCCACGCUGCACUCCGACCGCAGCAGCCUGACGGAGGACGUGGCCAGGAGGCACAUCAUGCAGAUCCACCGCGGGAACCAGAUCGAGCUGAAGAUCCACCUCCCGCACCCCGGGAAGUUUGUCCUGAAAAUCUACGCCAAGAAGAAGUCGGAUCCUGGCAAUUACGACUACGUCUUCAACUACCUCAUUACGUGCCUGAACAGGGAGGUGAAGUGGCCACCCUUCCCCCAGAGCUACAGCAAGUGGCUGGAAGACUACGAGAUCCUGGAGCCGCUGUCCGGUUUGCUGCCAGCCAACCGCAACGUCCAGUUCAAACUCAAAAUGCACAGUGUAGCGAAGGUGCUCGUUCAGGCUGAGGACACUUACCCUCUCACCGAGAACAGAGGCUGCUGGGAGGGAACCUGCAACACCUCGGGGUGCAGGGAGGUGUUUGUGAUGGUGCACGAGAACGCCAACCACAGCUUCUACUCGCACGUCCUCAAGUACAUAGUUGAGACCCAGUAA